AGUUGGUAUAGAUAUAGAAAAAGAACCGAAAGAAAGAAGGGUAUUAGUACAUGUUGGACAUAUAAAGUUUAUUCAUAUAUAUAUUAAUACUGGAUUAUAAAGAGCAGGUGGUGAGGGCGCCAACUGGAUCAGGCUCAUGUUGAAGGAUGAUGAAUACCAGGGUGGAGCUUCUGAUUGGCUGUCAGGCGGACAACGUCAGUGAUCUCCGCAACUCCACCAAAAGGCAGGGACAACAAAGUCGAGGAUAAGAAGUACCAGGGCCUACAACCGCCGGGUCUUCCUCGACCGAAACAUUCUCUCUCUCAACCCUAAAUCUACCUCACCAUGUCCUCUCCUUACCAUCGCCGCCCUAUAUCUGAUUAUUUCCUCGCCUCUCCACUUUCCGCCAUCCUUUAUCCACUCCAUCACAUUCUCCUCAGACUCCGCGGACCACCUCGAUUACCUCCACCAGAUGCCCACCCCAUCAAGGUAGUCUGCAUCUCAGACACCCACACCCUGGAAUGGGACGAUGUCCCAGAUGGCGACCUCCUCAUCCACGCCGGCGAUCUAUGCAACGACGGUAGCGUGCGCGAGAUCCAAGCAGCGGUAGACUGGCUCCGCGGACUACCCCAUCCCCACAAGGUAGUCAUCUGCGGCAACCAUGACAGCUACUUCGACGUGCGGUCACGACUAGCAGAAGACCGGGACAAAUCCUUCGCGACAGUGUCAUCCUCAACAGCCUCCGUCCGCUCCAUCGACGACCUCGACAGUCCCCACCGCGUCGACUGGGGCGACAUCCACUACCUCCAACACUCCGCCGUCACCAUCUCCUUCCUCCCACCGCCAUCCAGCGCCUCUCGUGCCCGCUCUCUCACCAUCUACGGUGCACCUCAAGUCCCCGCCCUCGUUCCCUUCGGCCCCGAACACGCCUUUACCUAUCCACCCCACUACGACGCCUGGUCCGGCACCGUCCCCCCAAACACCGACAUCCUCGUCACGCAUACCCCGCCCCAGGCCCAUCUCGACCUCUCCCCCGUCUACUCCACCGGCUGUCCUUACCUCCUAACAGAAACAUGGCGCAUCCAGCCCGCCCUUCACGUCUUCGGCCAUAUCCACGCCGCCUACGGCAUGGAACCCGUGUAUUGGGACGAAGCGCAGAAGGCAUGGGAACGCCUCUGCGCCUCACGGCGACGAUGGGCACGCAACGGCCGUUUCAGCUCGCUCUUCGGGUUUCUCCGGGAUCUGCUCCAUAUCUCUGGGUGGGUUGAUUCAGCCCGGGUCGUGGUGUACGGUGUUCUAGGAGUAGUAUGGGCCAAGGUCUGGGGUGGAGAGAAUCGCGGGUGUGGGUGGAUGGUGAAUGCGGCUUGUAUGUCUCGAGACUCGAAGGGGCUGAGCAAUAAGCCGCAGGUUGUGGUUCUAUAAGUGACAGGGGCUUGUUGGCUCAGUUGGGGAGGUAUAUAGUGUGGGGAGGCGGUAAUGACUGAUGCGUGCAUGUACAUAGGUUCGUUUGGUGCGUUGUGCGUGGUGUUCUUAUCGUGGUGAUACCAUUUUUAAGUUUUAGUUUUACACUGCAUGGUCUUAAGUGAAGAAGA